CCUGAGCUUUGGAUGACACUUUUCAAGUGGCUACGACUAAGGACUGUACACCCAAUAUUAUUGGCGCUUAUUCUGAGCAUGGCUGUGCCCACUAUAAUAGGUCUCAGUUUAUGGAAAGAGUUCUUCCCAAGACUAAUGACAGAAUUAACAGAACUGCAGGAGUUCUAUGACCCAGAUACAGUGGAACUCAUGACCUGGAUAAAAAGGCAAGCUCCACUGACUGCUGUGUUUGCAGGGAGUCCACAGCUGAUGGGUGCAAUUAAAUUAUGCACUGGAUGGAUGGUGACAAGCUUGCCUCUCUACAACGACGAUGAUCUUCUCAAGAGAAAUGAAAAUAUCUAUCAAAUCUAUUCAAAGCGGUCUGCUGAGGAUGUUUAUAAAAUACUGACAUCCUACCAGGCUAAUUACCUCAUUGUAGAGGAUGCCAUCUGCAAUGAGGUGGGAACCACAAGAGGCUGUAGGGUUAAAGACUUGCUGGAUGUUGCAAAUGGCCAUGUGGUUUGUGAAGAAGGUGACAAGCUAACCUAUUCGAAAUAUGGACGAUUUUGUCACGAGGUAAAAAUUAACUAUUCUCCAUAUGUGAAUUAUUUCACUAGAGUGUACUGGAACAGAUCCUACUUUGUGUAUAAAAUCAACACUGUGAUAUCCUUCCAGUCUUGAAAAAUAACAGGGCCUUCACUUUGAAGACUUGUGCCACGUGAAAUAAAGUGAUUU